AUGGGCGAGACGUGCGGCCUAAAGCUUGUCUACGAGACCAAGACCGAGAGGGCCGUGUGCAAGCUCUGCCAUGACACGGAAAAGAAGCAACGUCGGUAUGACAAAAUGUAUCGCGACGUUCAACGCUGGCAGAGGGAGGGCAACAGAAACGCGACCAUAGAGCGAACGUGUGCUGAGAUGCAAGAAGUACUUGGUCAAAUCUAUCGUUUGAGAGAGGAGCAUGAUCACAGACUGCAAUCUCUUGACCAGGAGCAAGUACCCUACACUGCCUACAGAGCUGGCAUGCUCUACGGCUGA